AUGACAGUGGAAAAAAUCACUGCAGUGGUCCGCGUCUCAACACCAGCAGUCGUGCCACUUCCGGUGACUGACGACUCUCAAUCGGUAAUUCUGGAGCCCUAUCAUGUUGAUUUGCUCCCAGAAUAUGGUUAUGCCAGUAGGGAGUACUUGAUAAGUGGUAAGGCGUACGGGGAGCCAUAUUGCACCCGCUUGCUGCUGCGAUGUCCCGACGAUGCUUCCCGCUUCACUGGAUUCGUUGUCAUGGAGCCGUCUCAUCUUUGGGGUGGAACGAGUAUAUGGCGACAUACAAGUCGCUGGUUAAUGCGCAAUGGGCAUGCAUGGCUCGAGGUGGAUUCGCAGGCCACCUCGGCUGUCGGAAACAUUAAGAAUGUUGAUCCCGAAAGGUACAAAGGUAUUCGGUUUAUACCGGGUCCGAUUUCUGACGAAUUUGCUGCCAACAUCCCUUUCAUCACGGACGCGACAAAGGAAGUCCUCUCAGAAGCGUACAUGGACUUCAAGGCCAAGUGGUGGCCCGCAACUUUACAAUCUCCUGAAAUCCUCACUGCCGCAUCACAUGCACUCCGUUCGGGAGCCUUGGGUCUGGUUGCUCAACGAGUCAUUCUCAGUGGCCUAUCACAAACGGGCGGCGUGACGCGGCGCUUCAUCACGCAUUCCUCCCACUUGCGACUUCCAAACGGCUCGCCGCCCUUUGAGGGCUUUCUCCCAUGCCAAUCCGGCGGCGAGGCGUUGCCCGACGUCCCCGGAGCCAAGAUCAUUGAACUCGUAGGCGAGGCCGAGUUCCAAUCUGUCAGGUUUCCCUGCGGCAUCGGCGGCCAGAUGCUCGGCACCGCCCACCGACGGCCUGACAGCGAUACCUUUCGACUUUAUGAGGUGGCGUGUAUGGCGCACCGCGAGUCGCGAUGGGCGUCGCCGGCCGAGCUAAAGAGGUGGUCCGUUGCGGAUCUUCGUGGUGCUGAAUGGAGCACAUUUGCGGAUUCGUUCAUCUACCAUACCGUUUUCGAGGCAAUGGAAAAUUGGACGCAAGAUGCAGAUAUUUGUCCGUCUCUAGGGGCUACCAUCGACACUACUGGCCAAAGUGACGAUAUCCUGCGGGAUGAAUAUGGCAAUGCAGUCGGGGGCGUGAGAACCGUUCACAGUGAUGCGCCCUUGGCCACCUUUGUGGCUGCGACGCCAAAGGGAAGACCAAACUGGUACUGGGGCUCUCAAUGGACGUUUUCGCCUGAAAAGAUGCAGGUGAUUUACAAAAGUGUAGAAAACUAG